GGAGGGAGAUUUUCCAUGAAGCUUUUUCUAUCUGCCCUUGAGCGUACAGGGCAAACCCGAUCUGAUAAAGUAAGGGGAGAGGAAGAAGGGUGGACAGUAGCCCUCGUUUAAAGUCAAAAUAUUUAUACUUAUACUCUUUUACGCUGGAAUUUGCAUUUGUUACUAAAAUCUAGGGCAAGAUCCUAUCGUGCAGUAUCGCCAUCCUCAGUGUUAUUAAAAAGUACCGAGCAGAAGAGAAAACAAACGCAUCCAACGCAAGGGAGUAGAGUGAGCUCCAACACGAAAGUGGGUGCGUCGGUGAGGUUGCGGAAAGGCUGGGACGUUGCAAAAGGAUGUCUAUAUGAAGGAAUACAACACGUUUCGCAUUGGGCCGACCAACUGUUUCUCGAAGCGGAGGAGGUGAAGAUAUGGUGUAAAGCGCACUUUACCCAUGGAUCUGUCUGGAGAAAUGAGACUCACCAACACCUUCAUCGGGCACCUUUGUUUUCCGACUUCUUGAAAAGGACAUUACGUGUGCUCACAUUCCAGUGUUAUUAUCAGUAGUUUCACUUAAACACAGAUUUGGCAGAGCUAUGAGCACCGCAGAUACAAUGAAGUUCACUAUCAACUUUAACCACGACCCCGACAAUUGGUUUUAAUCUCACACAGAUAAUAUCGUUGCAAAUAUUAUAAAGAAACACAGAAAAAGUGUACAGCACAUCUAUUGACUGCAGUCUCAGUUCUAUCUCAUUUUAUCUCUCUUUUUAUUUGUUUGCACCUUUGUUUAACCUUAAUUCAAGUUUGAAACUUUAUGUAUGUAUCUGAAGGAGACGGAUUAAGACGGAUGAUCGCAAUGAAUUAACUGGUUGAUUCAAUAUGAUUACAAAUCGGGUUCCAUGCUGAUCUCUUUGGUGCGUGCUGACCUUGCGGUGGCACCCUUCGCCCUUCUCCGGACAAUCAGUCUUGGACCAUGCGCGUGGCGCCCGCGAAUGCCAUGCUAUUACAGGUUGCUUUGUUCUUCCUGUGCAUUGCUUUGACUCUGGGCCAGUACGACAUAUGCAAGUCCCUAGUGAGCACGGAUGAUGGCCCGAUAUGGGAGUUCUACGCCUGCCAACCCAAGCCAGCUUCCAUGAAGGACUUCAUGCGAGUAAGGGUGGAUCCCCCCGGCAUAACCUGUGGAGACCCCCCUGAGAGGUUCUGCACUCUGGAGAACCCGUACCUGUGCAGCGAUGAGUGUGACGCUUCAAACCCAGACCUGGCGCACCCCCCCCAGCUCAUGCAGGACCGCGAGCGCAGCGGCUUGAUCACGUACUGGCAGACCGUGACAUGGAGCCGCUUCCCGGAGCCUCUCCUGGCCAACAUCUCCCUGGCCUGGAACAAGAGCCUGGAGCUGACCGACGACAUCCAGAUCACGUUUGAGUACGGCCGGCCCACCAUGAUGGUGCUGGACAAGUCCCUGGACUACGGCCGCACGUGGCAGCCCUACCAGUUCUACGCUGACGACUGCAUGGACGCGUUCGGCAUGCCCCCCAAGAAGGUGCAGGACCUGUCUGCCACCAACGUAACCAGAGUCAUCUGCACCGAGGAGUACUCACGCUGGGUGGGCUCAAAGAACGACAAGAACGUGCGCUUCGAGGUACGGGCACGCUUCGCCAUCUUUGCUGGGCCCAAGCUGCUCAACAUGGACAACCUGUAUACGCGCAUGGAGAGCAUGAAGGGCCUACGGGACUUCUUCACCUUCACCAACCUGCGGCUGCGCCUUCUCCGACCGGCACUGGGAGGCACCUACGUGCAGAGGGAGAAUCUCUACAAGUACUUCUACGCCAUCUCCAACAUUGAUGUCCCUGCCAGGUGUAAGUGUAACCUCCAUGCAGGACAGUGCACUUUUGUGGAUGGGAACCUGCAAUGCGAGUGUGAGCACAACACAACGGGUCAGGACUGCAGUCGCUGCAAGAGGGGUUUCCGAGCCAAGUCCUGGAGGCCUGGCUCCUACUUGCCCACACCCAAUGGAUCACCCAACACCUGUGCAGCGGCUGGUUCAACACUUGGCAUACCACGGUUAAUGGCUGCUGAGCUUGUGCUGGUUACAACUGUGAAAACCACAAGAACAACCACUGCUGCUACCCCUACUACAACCCGACAGUCCAGGGUAAACAGUAUAGCAGAGCUCGCUACCCUCAGCAGCACCAUGGCUGAAGCACGUGAACCAGAGCUCAGCUCACUCCUCAGUGACACGCUCAGAGACAGUCCCAUCUCUCUCACCGAGCAGCCAGAGCUUCUUGCGGUGCCUGCUCAAACCACCAUGGCACUUCCCACUGUGCCCAUCCAGACAGACAGCACUACUGCCCAGACAGACAGCACUACUGCCCAGACAGACAGUCCAACCGUCCAAACAGACAGUCUGGUAUUCCAGUCAGACAGCCUGGAACUCCAGACAGAAAUUCCAACCUUUCAGACAGACAACCAGGUGCUCCAGACAGAAACCUUUCCGACAAGCAGUCUGCCUGCUUCGACAGACACCAUACCCAUCCAGACAGACACACAGCCCCCCUCAACAACCCUUUCCCCACCAACAGAAGAGAUUGUUGCAGUGGAUAAAGACAAGGAAGUUACCCCAAAGCCGGAAGUCAAGGAUACUCAGAACAAAGAGAAGAAGAAAUUUCCCUUUUGGAAGUGGGCAGAGAAAGAGGAAGGGAAGGAAAAAAAACGUACGAGAGAUAAAGAAAAAGAUAAAGAUUCUGAAAAAAAGAUGAAGAGAAAAGGGAUUUUAAGGCUCUUGUUCUCUGGUGAGGGGCAGACCAGUAAGUUAGCAGGAAUUGCAUACGGCCAAUUUGAAGACUGUGAGUGCUACGGCCACUCGAACCGCUGCAGCUAUAUCGAUUUUCUCAACAUCGUGACCUGUGUCAGCUGCAAACACAACACCAGGGGGCAGAACUGCCAGCACUGCCGCCUCGGAUACUUCCGGAACGCCUCAGCUGAGCUGGACGAUGAGAGCGUGUGCAUAGAGUGUAACUGUAACCAGAUUGGCUCCAUUCACGACCGCUGCAAUGAGACGGGUUACUGCCAGUGUAAGGAGGGUUCUGCUGGGCCCAAGUGUGAAGACUGCCUCCCUGGAUACUACUGGAAGCAAGGUUGUUUCCCCAACGUUUGUGACGAUGAGCUGCUGCUCUGCCAGAAUGGUGGCACCUGCUACCAGAGCCAGAAGUGCAUGUGUACACCAGAGUUCAAGGGGGUGCUGUGUGAACAAAUUCGCUGCGAAGGUGGGGACUGCGAUGGUGCCUCGGCUUCCUACCUCAGCUUUGCCACCCUGCUCCUCUGCCUCUUGGCCAAUCAACUGGCCCAAUUAACUGCAAACUGAGCCACACCUGGACCCGCGCAGGCGAGGGAGGGGUGAGGCCACUGCAGCAGAGUCCCCUUCCCAACUCCGGUUUGUAGGUGCCAUUUUAUCUCAGAUGGCCCAGGCCUGUUUCAAGGUACAGGGGGCUUCAGGGGUGACGAGAAGCUGGAGGAACGUCGCUUUCUUCUCCUUGAACACCAGUGCUGAAGGAGUAAAAAUACCAAAAACAAAACCACAAUGUAAGAAAAGACUAGGAAGGAACCUGUUGAAUAUUUAAGAGACUUUCUUCUUGUUGUAGUUCUGAGUUUACUCCCCCCCCAAACCGCUCACUUAAAUUCUGCACUUAACCAUGUCAUUUCUGAAUGGAGAUGGGUUAUAAUCGCUGCUGAGGCCUAUUUAAAACUUUAAGCCAGGUUUAACUUUCCCUGGAAACAGGAUUUGUUUUUCACAUUUCCUUUCUUUGCUGCAAUUCUGUCUCCUGUCCAUAGUUUCAUGAAUGCCCACUGACUGAAUUGAAAAAGAAAUGUAAUCACUGUUUUCCUGUGCAACAAGAACAGGAACAAGAAUGAGUAUCUCCACUGUUAGAGGUUCAGAUUUCACAAGGUAUUCAGGAAGCAGACACAGAAUAUAACGUAUCCAAAUGAAAUCUAAAAAAAAAAUAAAAAAAACAUCUAAAGAAAUAUUACUCUUAUAUAUUACAUUGUUUGAAUAUUUUUUGUAGAAAUUAUUUUUGUUCCAAGUUAACAUUAAUUGAAAAUAAAAAAUAUAUAUAUAAAGAUGAGAAUUUUAUUACUCCAUACACCUUACAGUAAAUGUGAUUGUUACCUGCCCAUGCUUUGUUUCUGCUUAAGUCAUUUCCUUAAACAAGUUAACAAAAAAUUAUGCUCUGUCAAGAUUGCCAAUUUCUCCAGACUAUGACUCACAUACACCCACACAAAUGUGUUCUUGGGAAUAAACCUAGCAAUAAUGUCCACUACCACCAUUUGACAUUUUAACAUUGAUCUCAAAACUGUAUAUUAUGAUUCAAACAUAUUGUCCUGCUCAUUGAAACUUCGCCAAUGAACCACAAAGUAGUUGCAACAAUGUCAUGCUGUUUUUAAAAUGAUGCACUUUUUCUGUUGCAGAAGAUCUGGUUAUCAGAAAUAUUGACUAUAUUGAGCAACAAUAGCAAUUAAAAUGCUGUGGGAACCAACACUGACAUUUGUUAUUUUGAUUCAGGGGUGCUCUUCAGUUCGUUUCUUAAACUUCUUAAUUACAAGAAGAAAUAUUUAAAGCUUCUGUUCAAUCCAAGACUUAUACCAGCUGAAAAAGAAAGGAUGUAUUUAUUAUUCAAAACAGAUUCUGAAAUAAUCUAUAUUCAUCAAUAUUUUUUAAAACUGUCAUAGUGUAAAAGUAAUGCAUUAAUAUGAAUGUGCUCUAAAUAUUGAUGUCACCAUAUUUUAAAUGGCUCAUGUAGUCACAGCAAGAGAGAUCUGGUGACCUGCAAUGACAUAAUUAACAUGCACAGUAGGGCAUUUCUGUAGUGGGUCCACUAGCUGCAUUUACUACAGUGAUGACAUAACCAACUAGUCUACCUUACAAGCAGGCGUGAGCGUGCAGGCAGCAUUUUGUUUGCAUUAGGCCUAUUGGUCACAAUUCAUGAUCUUGUUAUAGAAACAUUUCAUUUGCUUGUCUGUCAAAAUGAUGGAUGAUUUAAUUUUUUUUCAAACAAAAGCAUCUGGAAUUCGGUAAAUGACGGGUAGAUCUCAUUGUUGUUGGCCCAAAUGAAACUGCACAGCUAGCCCAUAGAAUAUUCCACCCAUUUCGCUCAUAUGAUCCACGUAGAAAUUGGAAAGGCGAUUGUAAAGUGACAGGAACAAAUAAAAGUUUGUAAUUGCUUAAA